GUGGUUGACAAAUUGCGCAACUAAUGUAAAAUGUAAACAAACCAAAUGAAAAUUCAGACCGCGAAGCAAAAUGCCGAUUUUUAAGCUUUCUUCAACUCUUUAGUAAUAUUUUAUACAUUCUUUUGCAAUGGCUUUCCUGUGCCCAACAGGUUUUCUCAGUCACAAACGCCGAAAACGUAAGUUUAAAUAAAAACGAAGUUUUUAACCAAGUGCAUGUUUUGACAAUAGUACAUGCUUUUACACGCUGUAUUAACAUUCCAAGAGAUCUCAGACAACUUUAAGUGAUCCUGAUAUUAUGGAAUGAAGUAUUACAAAAUGGCUGUCCUCCAAAACUCAGGACAAUUGUCAGAUAAAGAUAUUUUGUAAGAUGCCAAGUUGCUCUUGCAUCGUUUGUCGGCUAUCUUGCAAGAUGUAGUUCUAAAUUGCUCUUUUAUUGUUGAUAUUUUGUCAGCCAAAUAUAAAUUUAUUUAAUACAUAUGCUGUAUAUACAGUCAAUUCCCUCAAUUCAGAGAUUAUUAUAAAUUUCUCGUGUCCUUUUGCACUGGACUGGCCCACACACCAAUGAAAUCUGUGGCAAGGUUACAAAAUGUUUGACCAUUUUGCAUUGAAGGUGGUAUGCUAGACCAGCAUGUUAAAAGCAGCCAAGAACUGGCAAAACAAGAGGGAGUGGAAUUUGAACCAACGAAAAUGAUUGUUGUUCAAGACUUCACCCCGUGUGUGAAUGAUGAACUGGAAGUGAAACGCGGACAAAUGGUGAAAGCUCUGUACCAAGAGAAUGAGUGGAGAUUCGUGGUAGCAGAAGAUGGUCGUGAAGGAUUCAUACCUUAUACUUUCUGUAUACCAACUGCAGAGUCGACUGUGAAAUCAAAACAUGGUGAACAAUUGUUAUCACAGCAUGUUAAACAUUUCAAUGCUAUAGGUAACUGCUCUAGACCUUUGUAGUUUAGUUCAUAUAGUUGUACAGAGAUGGUGUCUGUUAAGUGGUCCUUAUUGGCUGAAUGGUUAACCUACAUGUAUUAACACCUGGACCAAUUUUCUAUUGGCAAAUAGCCUGGCAUUACAUAGACUAAAACAACAAAGCAGGGUGCAUUAGCUAGGGCACAUUGCAAAUCAGUGAGUUUAACCCAUUAAGCUGCAGAGCUUCCCAUUGACGAGUAAAAUCGUCUGCUGUUAGACAAGUAAAAAAAAAGUAGCGCGCACUGCGGCUUAAUGGGUUAACUAGAGACAUUGUCAGAUUUUUUUGGUUAACCCAUUAAGCUGCAGAGCUUUCCCAUUGACAAGUAAAAUCAUCUGGUAUUAGACAAGUAAAAAAAAAGUAGGGUGCACUGGGGCUCAAUGGGUUAAGAACCAUGUGUGAACAUGGCAAGGGUGUUUUUUUUGUGAUGACAAUGUACUGUAUAAGGUGACAAAUUUUCAUCUGCUGUACUUCUAGAAAGCAGCAGUGACAGUGCAAGUGUUCAGACUUUAAACAGCGAAUCAUUUCAAGAGUUUAUCAAGAGAAAUCAUGGUCAGUAUACAGUGCUGUUUGAUUUUGAGGCAGUUCAAGAGGACGACAUCAGCGUACACCAAGGGGAGAGGGUGACAGUGUUGAAUAAAGAUGAUGCUGAUUGGUAUUGGGUCAAAACUCAAGAUGGCGAAGAAGGGUUUACCCCAAGAGAAUAUUUGCAUCAUUUCUCAUCAAGAACACAGUCUGGUAGGGUUUGGUUCACUUUCCAUAGAAAUAUCCUGAAAUAACAUCACAAGGUUUAGAAUUUGCUAGUACGAGUUUUUCCAGAGAAUUCAAUCUUGUUGACCGUGACCUACUUACUGUAGAGCAGGGAUUAGUGUCAUUUACUUUGAGGGAGGAACAGUCACCAAUAACGGCAUUGUUUAUUUGCAAUCUAAAACUUCAAUGCUAAUAUAACAAGCAUUUAAAGACAAAACAUCUCAAAUUUUUUUAUAUUAAAUCUUUUAUAGAAUCAAAUCUUUCCAAUGAGCAAGAGACUAAAGGAGACUCACAAUUGACACUACCGGCCUUCCUUGGUGAUGGAGAAACCAUGAAAUGUGGUGUGAAACAGCUAAAUGCAAUCAGAAAUUUUAUUGCUCGAGGACAAUAUGAACUAACGGUGCACGAAGGAGAACAAUUAUUUACAGAUGAUAAAAAUCUUGAUAAACUAACAUGGAUUUGGGUUUAUUCUGCUAGAACUAGGCAGAGAGGGUUUGUGCCUAGAACUCAUGUACGCUGGGCUCAAAAUACAACAUUCUUAUAAGAUUUACUUACUGCAAAGUUUUGCAAGUGAUAUUGUGAUGGUUGUUGUGUAGUAUUUUGCUGUGUGUGUUGCAUCUCAAUAUUAAUAAGCACUUAUGUAUGCAAUUUGCACAUUGUAAUUUCUAAAAUUAAUGUUAACUGUACUUCAAUAUAUAAAGCAUCAAUUGUUGUUUAUAUAUUAUAAUUAAAAAUCUCUUUGGUACAAGGAUAAAAUUGGUCUGCUUUGAUAGUUUGAUGUUGGUUAAUUUAACACUAUCAGUUUCUUUCAUUAGAGAACAGUUUGAUCAAAGUAUGUGAAUGUUCAAAGUCAUUCAAAUAAUUUGAUUUAUCAUUUUAUCCGUCGAGUGGCAACACUCUCCCUGAAUUGUCGGGCGGUAGACAGAGUAAAAUAAUCUGUCAUUGGACAGAGUAAGUAAUAUAAUAAAGUAGAGCGCAUUGCAGCUUAAUCAUGCAAUAUGAAAAUACUUCAAUCGAAAGUCAGAACCAGGAAACUUCCAUAGUGUAAACCAGCCUUGGUCAUGUUUAGAGCAACCUCAUACCCAGUGCUUCUGAGAGCCACAAGUGCAGAAGCCUUGGGUGUGAGAAUGUGUUUAGGGUGGUAGAUUAUAUACCACAAGAUUCUAUUUCAAGAUGACUGCCAAUGGUGAAUGAAUAAUUGGAAGACUACAUAAUGAACAGUACCAACAUACAGGAACUUCCAUUUACUGUUCCUUCUUCUCUUCCUUCUCUGGCAUCCAAAUUUGCAGCAAGCGAUUAUGAAGGUCAAGAAAUAUAAAUGUCCCAGUGAAAACAAGUGCUGUAGCUAUCCAAUGAUACACCGUGAAUGGAUUUUGAAAGAAGAAUAUCGAAAUCAUCAAACUCACAAACUUUCGAAGAGUCACAACCAGCGUCACAGAGAGGGAUGAGAAUUCUGUGGUUAGUACAAAUACACUUCGAAUGCAUAUGAAUUGAGUGAUACAGUUUCCAAUCAUGUAAAACCAUAGUCUGGGAAUGUACAUGGUUACUCCUUGAUAUACUAAAUAUUCUG